AUGGGGUGUCAUUCCGAAUUCAUCCCUCCACCUCCACCUGGUGCACCUAACUCAAUAAGGCCAAGGUACAUCAUAGGACCUAGCAUAGCUUGUUUUCUACUCAUCUCAGUAGCAUCAGUAGCAAUUGUCUUCCAUGUCACACAAUCAAAUAGGAGAGAGGAAAAGGAGAAUCAAAUGAAUAUUGAAAGGUUCCUAAAUGAUCACAAAUCUCAUAUACCCACCAGAUACUCCUAUGCUAGUAUAAAGAAGAUGACAGAUGGCUUUAAGAAAAAUUUAGGUGAAGGAGGUUUUGGAAGUGUUUUCUUCGGAAAGCUACCCAACGGUGUUCAGGUCGCUGUUAAAGUCCUCAAUGGUUCUAAAGGAAGUGGAGAAGAUUUUGUUAACGAAGUGGGUACCAUUGGUAGAAUUCACCAUGUUAAUGUGGUUUGCUUACUUGGGUUCUCUACUGAAGGAUGCAAGCGUGCUCUUAUUUAUGAGUUCAUGCCAAACAAGUCCUUAGAAAAGUUCAUCACAUUCAGAGAAUCUAAUAAUAAUGACACUACAUUUGAUUGGAAGAAACUUCAGCACAUUAUCACUGGUAUAGGAAAGGGGAUUGAAUACCUUCACCAAGGGUGUGAUCAGAGGAUCCUCCAUUUUGAUAUCAAGCCUCAUAAUAUCUUGUUGGACCAUGACUUCAACCCCAAGAUCUCUGAAUUUGGUCUUGCAAAACUCUGUUCCAAGGAAGAAAGUAUUAUAUCAAUGACUGCUGCUAGAGGCACAGUAGGCUACAUAGCACCUGAAGUGUUCCUUAGGAACUUUGGAAACGUGUCCUACAAAUCAGAUGUAUAUAGUUUCGGGAUGCUAGUGCUUGAAAUGAUAGGAGCUAGAAAGGAACCUGCUCUUGGAUCUAGUAUCAGUGAGGUGUAUUUUCCUGAAUGGAUUUAUAAUCGAUUAAUUCAGGGAGGAACAUUGGAUUUGAAGCUAGAUACUGAUGACGAUGUUCACGUUGCAAAGAAGCUCGUUAUUGUUGCACUAUGGUGCAUCCAGUGGUACCCGGUGAAUCGCCCAUCCAUGAAAUCUGUUGUUAGAAUGCUAGAAGGAGAUUCUGAAAGCUUGAUCAUGCCACCAAAUCCGUUCACCUUCACAAAUACUCAGACUAGUUAGCCACUCUAUUGAGCAAGUGAUAUUAGAGCAAUAUACUACUGCUCAGGUCUGCAUAAAAAGGUCG